AUGAGCAAGGCAAAGCACCUCCACGCCAUCCUCAGGGGACAGCACCACCUUCUCCAACAACUCCCAACAGCCUCAGCCGCAGCUUCCUCCGCCUCCUCAACAACUACCACAGCUGCCUCCCUCAGGCUCCUGCCCUCGCGUCUCGUCGUCGGACCAAGCCUCGACUCUGGCUCACGCUCGAUCUACACCCAUGCCACCUCAGCUCAUUCUUCAUUAGACCACAACCACCAAACGUCAUGUCAUCACCAACAUCACCACAAUCACUCUGCCUCGUCCCGAGCUCGCCACCGUGGUCACCCUUGCUCUAUCCCCGCCUGUCUACUGCACACCUCGACCAGGAAUAGCUCUCUUCUGCCGUCGUCUUCCGUCAGUGCCGCCGCUGCAGCUAUCGCCCCUUCGGCCCCUUCAUCGUCGUCCUCGUCCAACGCUAGCGCAGACUCAAUACACUAUCCGCCAUCAGCAGCAGGAAGCCAGGCGGAAGGAGGACACGCGUUUAGUGAACAGACCACUGCAGCUCAAUGGACCUCGGAACUACCCUGGAUUGAUCCUCUCACGCAGUCGUCCUACGAUCCAGCCAGACUACCAACUACUGCAGGAAACAACAAUAACAACGGCACCAGCAGCAAUCAAGGAGGACUCACUCCAGCAUCAUUCUUUGACCAACCUUUUCAGAACACACGCCACAACUAUGUUUUCGCCCACGGAGCUUCUGGGUUCGCCAAGAAUCCAAAAAAGGUAUCGACGUUGACUCCAGAGGAAGACCGCGCCUAUUUCAGUGUACAAAACUAUUUCAGCGGAGCCAAUCCUGCGCUGUAUUCACGGAAGCUGAUGCAUUAUGCGUUCGUGGAACUAGAAAAGUACGACAACAUUGAGGAAGACGCCUUUUAUGACUACUUCAACGUGAAUCCAGUUCAGAUUCUUGAAAAGAGCUAUGAGCAGAGUGCAAGGGAUGCCAAAAAAGAGGGUCUGAUCGGAUCUUCGACAGCAUGCUUGGCAAUACUUCGGGACGACGAGCUCCGAAUCGCCAAUCUGGGCGACUGUGGAGUCAGCAUUAUUCGCAGGAACGAGUUUAUUUUCCGGACGGAAGAGCAGCAGCAUUCCUUCAACUACCCAUACCAGCUCGGGACAGGGAGCACAGAUAGCCCGACAGAUGCUCAGGUGUUCACCGUAAAAGUUGAGAGUGGCGAUAUUGUUGUUAUGGGCACGGAUGGUAUCUUUGACAAUCUCUUUGACGAGGAUAUUCUGGAGGAGGUAGUACGAUGUGUCGAGGGAAUCGAUCCGAACCAGAAUCAUAACCCCUUUGGAACCGGAAACCCAACGUCAUCGCCGGCUCUUCUUUCAGGGAAGGGAGUCAGCGGACUCUGGAGCAAGCUUGCAUCGACAUCAUCCUCGACUAUUGCGGCGAUUUCUGGUAGUAAGGUUACUGCAGCAACGGAUGCAGCAGAAUCAACUGCCAAGAAGGCUGGCGAGAACGAAGUACUGGUGGCCUUGGAAGAGGUUGCCAAGGAGGAAUCGACAUCGGAGUUGUCACCUAUUGCAGCAGCCGCCAUCAUUGCUGCCGAGUCUAGUGCUCUCCCUCUCUCGGCAGCUCUUUACCCACAAAACUCGACUUCCGGCUCAUCGUCAUCACUGCACAGCAACCCAAUAGCAAAGGCAGCAUACCUGGAGAAGCAAAAAUACGUACGCAAGAUCCCUGAACCCAACGUCAUUAGCGAUGCACUUGCCAAGCGGGCUAGGAAUGUGGCCGAGGACACGAGGCAUCAUGGCAGUCCUUUCCAGAGUCGAGCUAUGCAGGAGGGUCUGUACUACCAGGGAGGCAAGCAGGACGAUAUGAGUGUCUUGGUCGCCAUCAUUAAAGUUGCCGAGGACUCGCCCGACCGGCGGUAG